CGCGGUGUGGGAGAAGGGUGGCAGGGGGCGACCGUGCAGGGCAGCAAAGCCCCGCCGGCCUCACCUUACACCAACGACAACAAGCCUUGUUCUGGCUCCCCAAAGGAACGGGCUCACCGAGGACACAGCGCAGCGCUCGCUCCAGGCCAGCCCACCAUGGGUGUAGUCACCACUGCAAGCGUAACCACGGUGCUCUGUGUACUCAUCAUCGCAUGUGCAUAUGUAGCAGACUCUGCCAAGAUGUCCAAGGAGAAGCCAACUCCCAAUGAGGACACCAGGGAGGAAACAACGCCAGAUGAGAAAUUUGGGGAGGAAACAACUCCUGAUGAAGAAUCUGGGGAGGACACAACUCCAGAUGAGGAAUCUGGGGAGAACACAACUCCAGAUGAGGAAUCCAAGGACAAGAACAGUUCAGGGAAGAAACAAGAAACCAAAACAACUGCCACCGGAGCUGCCAUUGGAGCCGCCAUUGGAGCCACGGUGGGAGCAGCAGUGGCACUGGUUGGCAUCCCAUUGGUCAUCGGCGCGCUGGGGUUCACAGGAGCUGGCAUCGCCGCUGGCUCCAUCGCUGCCAAGAUGAUGUCGGCAGCGGCCAUCGCCAACGGUGGCGGAGUGGCUGCUGGCAGUACCGUGGCUGUGCUGCAGUCCAUCGGAGCUGCAGGUUUCUCUAUUGGUGCAAAAAUUGGGCUGACAUCCGCCCUGAGCUCAGCUGGUGCAGGAACUGGUGCCUUACUGUCAAAUUUGAUGGAAAACUCCAACGAAGAUAUCUAAGUGGCAAACCCAAGAAAAAAUAAGUCCGGUGAUGAUCACAAGGAGACAACUUCAGAUGAGGAACCCAAGAGAAGMCAAGCAGAUGCCUGAUCCCAAGACCUUGCCAUGCUGAUAGCAGCUGCUGGGAAGCYCCCACAGACCCCUCAGUGCCUCACCUGUCCUUUGAAAAGCUUUSGAUUCCCUCGAGUAAUGAGUGCCCUGAAGCCAAUAAAGACGCUUUGCCUGCAG